AUCCGGGCCUCUGCUACUAGUGAGGGGAAGAUGGCGGCCGCAACUGUGGUGGUUCCCGUAGAGUGGAUAAAGAACUGGGAGAAAUCAGGGAGAGGCGAAUUUUUGCAUUUGUGCCGGAUCCUCAGUGAAAAUAAAAGCCAUGAUAGUUCAACUUACAGAGAUUUCCAGCAGGCUCUUUAUGAGUUAUCUUACCAUGUCAUUAAAGGAAAUCUAAAGCAUGAACAGGCAUCUAAUGUUCUUAAUGACAUUAGCGAAUUUCGUGAGGAUAUGCCCUCCAUUCUUGCUGAUGUAUUCUGCAUAUUAGAUAUUGAGACAAAUUGUUUAGAAGAAAAAAGCAAGAGAGACUAUUUUACACAAUUGGUAUUAGCAUGUUUGUAUUUAGUUUCAGACACAGUUCUAAAGGAACGCCUGGAUCCAGAAACAUUGGAAUCAUUAGGGCUUAUCAAACAAUCACAGCAGUUCAAUCAAAAGUCAGUUAAAAUCAAGACAAAACUCUUUUAUAAGCAGCAAAAAUUCAAUUUGUUAAGAGAAGAGAAUGAAGGUUAUGCCAAGCUGAUUGCUGAAUUGGGGCAAGAUUUAUCUGGAAAUAUUACUAGUGAUUUAAUCUUAGAAAAUAUAAAAUCUUUAAUAGGAUGCUUUAAUCUGGAUCCCAAUAGAGUUUUGGAUGUCAUUUUAGAAGUGUUUGAAUGCAGGCCAGAACAUGAUGACUUCUUUAUAUCUUUAUUAGAAUCUUACAUGAGUAUGUGUGAACCGCAAACACUGUGUCAUAUUCUUGGGUUCAAAUUCAAGUUUUACCAGGAACCAAAUGGAGAGACUCCUUCUUCUUUAUACAGAGUUGCUGCAGUACUUCUACAGUUUAAUCUUAUUGAUUUAGAUGAUCUUUAUGUACAUCUUCUUCCAGCUGAUAAUUGCAUUAUGGAUGAACACAAACGAGAAAUUGUAGAAGCUAAGCAAAUUGUUAGAAAACUUACGAUGGUUGUAUUGUCUUCUGAAAAAAUUGAUGAGCGAGAGAAAGAAAAGGAAAAAGAAGAGGAGAAAGUAGAGAAGCCGCCUGACAACCAAAAACUUGGUUUGUUGGAAGCCUUGUUAAAGAUUGGUGAUUGGCAGCAUGCACAGAACAUUAUGGAUCAGAUGCCUCCAUACUAUGCAGCUUCACAUAAGCUAAUAGCCCUUGCUAUUUGCAAGCUCAUUCACAUAACUAUUGAGCCUCUCUACCGAAGAGUUGGCGUUCCUAAAGGUGCUAAAGGUUCACCUGUUAAUGCUUUGCAAAAUAAGAGGGCACCAAAACAAGCAGAGAGCUUUGAAGAUUUGAGGAGAGAUGUCUUUAAUAUGUUCUGUUACCUUGGUCCUCACCUUUCACAUGAUCCCAUUUUAUUUGCAAAAGUGGUGCGCAUAGGCAAAUCAUUUAUGAAAGAGUUUCAGUCUGAUGGAAGCAAACAAGAAGAUAAAGAGAAAACGGAAGUUAUCCUUAGCUGUUUACUUAGCAUUACUGACCAGGUACUUCUUCCAUCUCUUUCUUUGAUGGACUGCAAUGCUUGUAUGUCUGAGGAACUGUGGGGAAUGUUUAAAACAUUUCCAUAUCAGCAUAGAUAUCGUCUGUAUGGCCAAUGGAAGAAUGAAACUUAUAACAGUCACCCACUUUUAGUAAAAGUUAAAGCCCAAACAAUAGACAGAGCCAAAUAUAUCAUGAAGCGUCUAACCAAGGAAAAUGUUAAGCCUUCCGGAAGACAAAUUGGGAAGUUGAGCCACAGCAAUCCAACCAUUUUGUUUGAUUAUGUAUGUUUUGAGAUCUUGUCACAAAUACAGAAGUAUGAUAAUUUAAUAACACCUGUAGUAGAUUCAUUGAAAUACCUCACUUCAUUGAAUUAUGAUGUUUUGGCCUAUUGUAUCAUUGAAGCUUUAGCUAAUCCGGAAAAGGAGAGAAUGAAACAUGAUGACACAACCAUCUCAAGUUGGCUUCAGAGUCUGGCUAGUUUCUGUGGUGCAGUUUUUCGUAAAUAUCCAAUUGAUCUUGCUGGUCUUCUUCAGUAUGUGGCUAAUCAGCUAAAGGCAGGCAAAAGUUUUGACCUGCUUAUAUUGAAAGAAGUGGUACAAAAAAUGGCAGGAAUAGAAAUUACAGAGGAAAUGACGAUGGAGCAACUAGAAGCCAUGACUGGUGGAGAGCAAUUAAAAGCUGAGGGUGGUUAUUUUGGCCAGAUAAGAAACACUAAAAAAUCCUCCCAGAGAUUAAAGGAUGCACUAUUGGACCAUGAUCUUGCUCUUCCUCUCUGUUUGCUUAUGGCUCAGCAGAGGAAUGGAGUAAUUUUCCAAGAAGGUGGAGAGAAACAUUUGAAACUUGUGGGAAAACUCUAUGAUCAGUGUCAUGAUACCUUGGUACAGUUCGGUGGGUUUUUAGCAUCUAAUCUAAGCACAGAAGAUUAUAUAAAGCGAGUGCCUUCAAUUGAUGUGCUCUGUAAUGAAUUUCAUACACCCCAUGAUGCAGCAUUUUUCCUGUCUAGGCCAAUGUAUGCACACCAUAUUUCGUCUAAAUAUGAUGAACUUAAAAAGUCAGAAAAGGGAAGUAAACAACAACAUAAAGUUCAUAAGUACAUUACAUCAUGUGAAAUGGUGAUGGCUCCUGUCCAUGAAGCAGUGGUCUCCUUACAUGUUUCCAAAGUCUGGGAUGACAUCAGCCCUCAGUUCUAUGCCACAUUCUGGUCAUUGACAAUGUACGACCUUGCAGUUCCACACACCAGCUAUGAACGGGAAGUCAAUAAACUUAAAGUCCAGAUGAAAGCAAUUGAUGACAAUCAGGAAAUGCCUCCAAAUAAAAAGAAAAAAGAGAAAGAGCGUUGUACUGCCCUUCAGGACAAGCUUCUUGAAGAAGAAAAGAAACAGAUGGAACAUGUACAGCGAGUUCUACAGAGACUGAAACUGGAAAAGGACAACUGGCUUUUAGCAAAAUCUACCAAAAAUGAGACCAUCACAAAAUUUCUACAGCUGUGUAUAUUUCCUCGAUGUAUUUUUUCAGCAAUUGAUGCUGUUUACUGUGCUCGUUUUGUUGAAUUGGUACAUCAACAGAAAACUCCAAAUUUUUCCACACUUCUUUGCUAUGAUCGAGUUUUCUCUGAUAUCAUUUACACAGUUGCAAGCUGUACCGAAAAUGAAGCUAGUCGAUAUGGGAGAUUUCUUUGCUGCAUGUUAGAGACUGUGACCAGGUGGCAUAGUGACAGAGCCACGUAUGAAAAGGAAUGUGGAAAUUAUCCAGGAUUCCUAACUAUAUUGCGGGCCACUGGAUUUGAUGGUGGAAAUAAAGCUGACCAGUUAGACUAUGAAAAUUUUCGACAUGUUGUACAUAAAUGGCAUUAUAAACUAACCAAGGCAUCCGUACAUUGCCUUGAAACAGGCGAAUAUACUCACAUCAGGAAUAUCUUGAUUGUGCUAACAAAAAUACUUCCUUGGUACCCAAAAGUUUUGAAUUUGGGUCAGGCGUUGGAAAGAAGAGUGCAUAAAAUCUGCCAAGAAGAAAAAGAGAAGAGGCCAGAUCUAUAUGCAUUGGCUAUGGGCUACUCUGGGCAGUUGAAAAGUAGAAAGUCAUACAUGAUACCUGAAAAUGAGUUUCAUCACAAAGACCCCCCUCCGAGGAAUGCAGUUGCCAGUGUACAAAAUGGGCCUGGUGGUGGGCCUUCUUCAUCGUCGAUAGGAAGUGCAUCUAAGUCGGAUGAAAGCAGUACUGAGGAGACUGAUAAAUCAAGGGAGAGAUCUCAGUGUGGUGUGAAAGCUGUUAAUAAAGCUUCUAGUGCCACACCGAAAGGGAAUUCAAGCAAUGGAAACAGUAGCUCUAACAGCAGCAAAGCUGUUAAAGAAAAUGACAAAGAAAAAGGGAAAGAGAAAGAAAAAGAGAAAAAAGAAAAGACUCCAGCUACUACUCCAGAGGCCAGGGUACUUGGUAAAGAUGGUAAAGAAAAACCGAAGGAAGAGCGGCCAAACAAAGAUGAAAAAGCAAGAGAGACGAAGGAAAGAACACCUAAGUCUGACAAAGAGAAAGAAAAAUUCAAGAAGGAAGAAAAAGCUAAAGAUGAGAAAUUCAAAACCACUGUCCCCACUGUAGAAUCAAAAUCGAUUCAAGAAAAGGAAAGAGAGAAGGAGCCAUCCAGAGAAAGAGAUAUAGCAAAGGAAAUGAAAUCAAAGGAAAAUGUUAAAGGAGGAGAAAAAACACCAGUUUCUGGGUCCUUGAAGUCACCUGUUCCCCGAUCAGAUGUUGCAGAGCCUGAAAGGGAACAAAAACGCCGCAAAAUUGAUACCCACCCUUCUCCAUCACAUUCCUCAACAGUAAAGGACAGUCUCAUCGAACUCAAGGAGUCUUCAGCAAAGCUCUACAUUAAUCAUACUCCUCCACCACUGUCCAAGAGUAAGGAGAGAGAAAUGGACAAGAAAGACUUGGACAAGUCGAGGGAAAGAUCCAGAGAAAGAGAGAAAAAAGAUGAAAAGGACAGGAAAGAACGGAAAAGGGAUCAUUCAAACAAUGACCGGGAAGUGCCGCCGGACUUAGCCAAGAGGCGAAAAGAGGAAAAUGGAACAAUGGGGGUUUCAAAACACAAAAGUGAAAGUCCAUGUGAGUCUCCUUAUCCAAAUGAGAAAGACAAGGAAAAAAAUAAGUCAAAGUCUUCAGGCAAAGAAAAAGGUGGCGAUUCUUUUAAAUCUGAAAAGAUGGAUAAAAUCUCCUCCGGUGGCAAAAAGGAGUCCAGGCAUGAUAAAGAAAAGAUAGAAAAGAAAGAGAAACGGGACAGUUCAGGAGGAAAGGAAGAGAAGAAACAUCAUAAGUCCUCGGACAAGCACAGAUAAUGAAGACUUUCAAUCAAGGGUAUGGACAGACCCCUAAGCUGAAGGUCUCCCAGAGGAGGAUGCCAAAGCUCCAUGCGUCACUCUCAGAACGAUAUCUCCCAUAAUUAAGAGCUUCUGGUGCUGUCCAUUUAAUGGGAAUCUGCUUUAAGUCAGAAGAUGAAUAUACACCACCAUCCUCUUGACGAGACAUUCCAAAGUCACUGAUUUUCAGAACAUUAUUUUCACCUCCAGGCAGUUUCUUGCAGCAAGGUCCCUGUGUAUACAAUUUUUAUCCGAGAUUCGCCAUCCAGAAGCAGCAUCUAAUGAAAAUUUCACUAACUGUUUUAGUUCAUCCUUCUUUCUCAGAAAGGAGAGGAAAUCGCCUCCUGGAACCAGUUCUUAAUGAUAUAGAUAGGCUGUAUUUGUGUGCGAACUCCUAUAAGUUUGACAAUAUCGGGAUGGUUAUAUUGCUUGAGGAUUUUGGCUUCUUGUAAAAAUUUUAAUUUCAGUUCCUGGGAAAGAUCAUCUUUACAUGUUUUAAUGGCAACAGCAGUUUUAUCCCUUAAUGUGCCCUUAAGUAUGUCAGCAAAAGUUCCCUUGCCCAGUAAUUCUACUGUGAUAUCAUCAUGAUUAAGACCCCCAUUUCUUAUUCUAGUUAUGGCAAUACUGAAAUCAUGAUACUCUUUAUUGCAACACUUUCUUUUUUCUUUUGCUUUUGCAAUUUAAAAACUUGAGAUAAAAUUUACAUAACAAAUUUUGCAAUU